GAAGCAGGUGGUGCUAAGUAACCUGGCCCACAAAGCGCAGCUGAUCCAGGAGAUCUUCAGCCAGGUGCCCGGGAUCCGCUGUAACCCCGUGCAGGGCGCCAUGUACUCCUUCCCCAGGAUCCAGAUCCCAGCCAGGGCUGAGCAGGAGGCCCAGGCCCUCGGUCUGGAGCCUGAUUUCUUCUUCUGUCAGAAGCUGCUGGAGGCGACGGGGAUCGUACUGACCCCAGGGAGCACCUUCGGGCAGCGCCGGGGCACCCACCACGUCAGGUACCACAGGACAAGGAGUUCCAUUUCAGUGACAGGAGACGGGGUUGGGGCAGGUGACAGAGGACGGAUGGGGCCCUGGGCCGCAGGCUCCUGCAGAGCUGAGCCCUCCUGGUUCAGUGGCCCAGUGCCAAGGGUCUCAGCCCUUCUCUUCAGAGGGUCACUUGGGGAAAACCCCCCAGCCCAGGCAGGAGCGAGGGAUCAGCCCAGCAUCUUCUUCCCAGUGACCUUCCCUUCCCCUCCCAGGGUGACGCUGCUGCCCCGAGUGGAGACACUGAGGAUUGUUUUACAAACCAUCGCAGACUUCCACUCCCAGUUCCAGCAGCGAUAUUCCUGAAGAGUGGGUGGGCGAUGUAGGAUGUCUUUGCCCAAUGAAUAAAUGGAGUUAAUCACAUUACAAGAUCAAGCAGCAGAAGCCUCUGCAGAUAUGGGGUGGAGAUGAAAGAUAAUCUAGGCAUGGCACAACUCCUAAACAAAUACUGUGCCUGAGUUUUUAAUAAUGGUAAUGAAGAGCUCACAGGUAGGGGCCGGGUGGCUAAAGGGACUAAGGAUACGGAAGUCAAAAUUACCACAUCCGAGGUGGAAUUAAAACUCAAACAGUUUAAUGGGACUAAAUUGGGAGCCUGGAUAAUCUCCA